AUGGCGAUUGGUGUUUUUGGAGAGAACUUUCUGCUUCUCCUCUUCUGUAUUCUUUUUACAGUGCUUGGCAGAACCUUCAAACCCCAAUAUGGAGGAGGGAUCAUAAAAAACCCAGAGUUGAACCAUGGUUUGAGUGGCUGGUCCAUAUUUGGGAAUGCAAAAAUAGAGCAUCGCUCAUCAGAGAAAGGCAACAGCUUCAUUGUUGCUCAUAGUAGAAACAAGCCCUAUGAUAGCUUCUCCCAAAAGCUUUACCUGCUUAAGGAUAAGCUGUACACCUUUUCUGCAUGGGUACAGGUGGUUAAAGGAAAUGAGGCAGUAACUGCUGUUUUUAGCACAAAUGGAGGUAUGAUACCUGCAGGUGCAAUUCAUGCUGAGUCAGGUUGCUGGUCCAUGCUUAAAGGUGGCCUCACUUUGAACUCAUCUGGACUUGCUGAACUCUAUUUUGAGAGCAAGAAUACAACAGUGGAGAUCUGGGUUGAUAGUGUCUCAUUACAACCAUUCACCAAGAAACAAGGGAGGUCACACCAAGAUCGAAGCAUUGAGAAGGUACGUAAGAGAAAGGUGUCAAGCUUUCCCUUUGGCAGUGCCAUAAGUAAGGAAACCAUAGACAACCCUGCCUAUAAAAGUUGGUUCAUCUCCAGGUUCAGUGUCACCACCUUUGAAAAUGAGAUGAAAUGGUACAGCACUGAGCCCUCUCCUGGUAAAGAAGACUACUCAGUUCCUGAUGCCAUGCUUGCCAAUACCAAACAAUCUGGAAUUUCAGUAAGAGGUCACAAUAUUUUAUGGGAUGACCCAAAGUUUCAACCCAAUGGGGUUCAAUCACUUUCCCCUGAUCGACUAAGGCAAGCAACAGAAAAGAAGAUUAAUUCCAUUGUGACAAGAUAUAAAGGACAAGUUAUUGCAUGGGAUGUUGUUAAUGAAAACUUGCAUUUCUCAUUUUAUGAAGAUAAGCUAGGGAGUAAUGCUUCCGCUUCUUUCUAUCAAAUGGCACAUCAACUUGAUGGUGGCACAACAUUGUUUAUGAAUGAAUACAAUACUAUAGAAGAUAGUAGAGAUGGAAUGUCAACACCAGCCAAGUAUGUUCAGAAGUUGAGGGAGAUUCAAUCAGCUAAUACUAGGCAGAUUGGAAUUGGGCUUGAGUCUCAUUUCCAAACACCUAACAUUCCUUACAUGAGAUCUUCUCUUGAUAUUCUUGCAGCAGCAAAGCUUCCCAUUUGGAUCACAGAAUUGGAUGUUGAAAGUAAUCCAUCUCAGGCACAGUUCUUGGAAGAGAUUCUAAGGGAGGCUCAUGCCCAUCCAGCUAUCAAUGGAAUUGUAAUAUGGGCAGGUUGGCAUCCUGAGGGUUGCAACAAGAUGUGCUUGACAGAUAACAAUUUCAAGAACCAUCCUACAGGUGAUGUAGUGGACAAGUUGAUCAAUGAAUGGACACAAAGAAACCUUGUUGGUUCAACAGACAACAAUGGAACCUUUGAGAUUUCACUCUUUCAUGGAGACUAUGAUGCAACACUCACUCACCCAUCUGUGAAUUCCAACUCAACUCAAAGCUUCAAGGUGACAAUAGGAACCUCUGAGGAGAAACUGCUCCAGGUUCAUGUUCAUGAUGUAUGA